AGUGGAUAAUUCACAGUACAAUCACCAGAUUAUUGAGUAGGGAAUAUGACCUAAUUAGUGCACUACCCGGGGAGACCCUCAUUCACUGUUACAUAAAUAUCACAUGACUGAAGGAGGCUCCUGCUGAAUAUAAGACAGCCCUGACAGCACAGUGAGUUAACACAGCCUCUUUCAGACACAGAUCUGAAUCAGCAUCACCAUGAAGAGCAGCAAACCAACCAGCAACACCAUGAAGACGGGAAAUCUGAAUGAGAAGAACUCCAAGUCAAAGAAAAAGAAGCAGUAUUUCUCAGAUGUGCAUGGUUUACCCAGCAUUGAAAAGCUGGUGUGUUCAGUAGAUGACACCCCACAGCCCAUCUCCACCAGAAUCAGAGGAAACGUUCCUUCAUGGAUUCAUGGAAACCUCCUCAGGAACGGUCCUGGAAAGUUCGAGUUUGGGAACACACAAUUCAACCACUGGUUUGAUGGAAUGGCUCUUCUGCACCAGUUCAGAAUUGAAGGAGGAACAGUGACCUACAUGAGCCGCUUCUUGAACAGCGACUGCUACAAGAUGAAUGCUGAGAGUGACCGUAUCGUGGUGUCUGAAUUUGGCACACUUGCCAUGCCAGACCCAUGCAAGAACUUCUUCCAGCGCUUCCUCUCCCGCUUUGAAAAGCCACAACCAACAGACAACGCAAGUGUGAGCUUUGUCCAGUAUAAAGGAGACUACUAUGUCAGCACAGAGACCAACUUCAUGCACAGAAUUGAUCCUGAGACCCUGGAGACAAAGGAAAAGGUGGAUUGGAGUAAGUUUAUUGCCGUCAAUGGAGCGACAGCUCAUCCUCACACAGAUCCUGAUGGAACUACAUAUAAUAUGGGCAACUCUUACACAUCUAAAGGUGCAUAUUAUAAUAUCAUUAAAGUGCCUCCAGAGAAGGUCAGUGCAGAUGAGACCCUGGAGGGAGCUACUGUUAUAUGCACUAUUCCAUCUGGGGACAAGACUAAGCCGUCAUACUACCACAGCUUUGCCAUGUCAGAGAACUAUGUGGUGUUCGUUGAGCAGCCCAUCAAAAUUGACCUGCUGAAGGUGGUGACAGGGAAGCUACGUGGGAAAGGCAUCAGUGAUGGGGUUUACUGGGACUCCAAACAGCAGACAGUCUUCCAUGUGAUCAACAAGCACACUGGAAAGCAAAGUCCCAUCAAAUACUACACCCAGCCACUGUCCACCUUUCAUCAGAUCAACUGUUAUGAGGAAGAUGGCUUCAUUAUCAUGGACAUGUGCUGCUCUGAUGACGGCAAAGCAAUCAACAAUUUCAUGAUUCAGAAUCUGAGGAAGACUGGGGACAGCCUAGAUGAGGUUUACAACACAAUUUGCAGAAUAUUUCCACGCAGAUUUGUCCUGCCACUCCAUGUAGGGAAAGACACACCCUGUGGGCAAAAUCUGAACACCAGACCAGACAGCCCAGCAACUGCCAUCAAGACAGGCAAAAACAAGGUGCUCUGUACACAUGAAGACCUCCACAGUGAUGAUCUUCAUGAAUAUGGCGGCCUAGAAUUCCCACAGAUUAACUAUGCAAAGUGCAACACCCAUCCCUACCGCUACUUCUACGCAUGCGGCUUUAGGCACCUGGUUGGAGACUCCCUCAUAAAGAUGGAUAUUCAAGACAAACAGAUGAUGGUUUGGAAGCAGCAAGGCUACUACCCCUCAGAGCCUGUUUUCGUCCCUUCACCUAAUGCAGUGCAGGAAGAUGAUGGAGUUGUUCUGUCUGUGGUCAUAACUCCCAAUAAGGACAGGAGCACUUUCUUGUUGGUUCUGGACGCCAAAAACUUUGAGGAGCUGGGCCGAGCUGAGGUGCCUGUCAACAUUCCCUACGGCUUCCACGGAGCUUUUCAAGCAGGAAUCUAAGAUGUAAUUCUGCCCACACACAGAGCUCCAAACAAACAAACAAAUGUUAAAAUAUAUCUCUAUUAUUGUCUGCCAAUACUCUACACAGUGGACACAGUGCAUGCUGUACAUUUAUUGUUUAUUGUUCAUCAGAUUGUAGACCUGUUUUUGCUCACAUCUGUGUUAAAUGCUUGAAUGAACCGCCAUUGAAAAUUAUUAUUAUACAAAUAUCUUUAUUGGAAUAAAAGUUAGACAAAACUUCUGUAUAUGCAGUGUGAUCCUCAUAAAGAACUGCUACAACAUUUAUUAACUAGUAUGUAAAGGUUACUACUCACAGAACAAGCACAAGCUCAUAACUGAAAAGCUCAAUUAAUUAAGAGAACUAAAAUCACUUUUAAAGUAAAGUAAUUUUCCAAAAACGUACAUCUGUAAAACAUACUCCACACUGAACAGCCUAAACUUUACUUUUACAUAUUUCUCUCCCUAAAAUCUGAGCUCAAAUCUACCCCUGUAGUUUGUCUGAAAUGAUGGCCAGAGAUCUUCUCAGAUGUUCUUUCUUCUCUUUAAGUUGUGAUUCCAAACACAAAGCCUCAGACAGGACACUCUCCAGCUGCUCCACCUGUGCUGCAUCCAUUGCAGCUCUCUCUCUGAGGUGUGAACAUUAGACACAAAAACAACAAAAAACUCCAGUCAAAGAAAAUGUCCUGAAUAAAUGAAUAUACAUUAAACAUUCACUCAUUUUCCUGUCCUCCUGGCUUGUUUCCCUUGCCACGUGCUCCACAGCACAUGGUCCAGUGUUUACUUCCUGUGUCAUCCCAUGUCUCCACCUUUUAUGUAACUCCGCCCCUCUUUACCUGCCCCCAGGUGUUUCCUGUUUCCUCCAUGUGUUUUAAGCCCCUUUGCCCCUUUUUAAGUCACUUUGUCCAAUGUCGGUUCUUGUGCGUGUUUAAUGUCAAUUAAAUGUGUUUCUUGGUUUUAAAUAUUAAAUUAAAUAUGACUUGCAAUUGUG